AUGCCAACCGCGACAAUCCAAUGGGCCCUUGCUAUCCUCUCGCUUGUGCUCGUUGACGCGUCUCCUCUUCAUCCUCUUCCGCCGCACGCAGGAAUUACUAAGCGGUCUUACAUUGGUUACUAUGAACCAGUCUCAUAUGACUCGGCUAUUUUACGAGAACAUCGGAACCGGGUCCGACGAGAUGUAUCCGAAGAUAGCAAGGUUCAACCAAUCAGAAUGGACAAUGAGACUUGUUCCGGAUACUGUAUUUGCAAAAGAUGCAGAACAAAUGGACCAAUCGCUUUUGACUCUUCACACUCAUAUACUGGCACCGUUGCUGAGGACGACAAUGCUAUUGUUGAAGGAAUUGUGACAAAAGACGGUUUGUUUGAUGGAUCCGUUUCUACAACUUCUGAAGACUAUUACUUCGAACCAACUAGCAGAUACUUAACAAGAACAGAAGAUUCUGAGAGUGAAGAAAAUACGUCACCUACUUAUCAUACCAUAGCGUACCGAGCAUCAGAUGUCGUCGCUCCACCUCAACCCAGCCGCUGUGCCAGUAAAGAAUUGCAUGAAGGAAAAUUAAAUAAAAGUGAGAAGAAGAAAAAUGAAUCUUUUGAGCCUUAUUUUGAGCAACUUCAGGACCAUGAAAUUCGUGAUAAUGGUGGAUAUUAUUUACGGCAAAUUAAUCGAAGGCAUAUCAAUAAAGGAGGUUCCAAUAUACAAUUUAUUGAUGGGAUCAAUAGAGAUAGAUUUACUAGACAUUUACAUAAACGAGCCACCGUUGAUCCCCGUAAAACAACAUGUAUGUUAUAUCUGCAAGCUGAUCAUCAAUUUUUUGCCCGAUACGGUACCGAGGAAGCUUGCAUUGAAGUAAUGACAAGGCACGUGCAGCGAGUUAAUUCUAUUUACAAACACACAGACUUCAAUCAAGAUGGGAGACCUGAUAAUAUAAGUUUUAUGAUAAAACGAGUCAAAGUACACAAUGCAGAUGCGAUGAAGGAUUCGCAUUAUCGAUUCCCAAAUAGUUACGGAGUUGAAAAAUUUCUGGAACUUUUUUCAGAGGAAGAUUAUGACGCAUUUUGUUUGGCCUACAUGUUCACGUACCGGGACUUUGAGAUGGGGACACUCGGACUUGCAUGGACAGGCGAUUUAAAAAAUGCCGGCGGCGUUUGUGAAAAGAACGGACACUACAGAGGAAGUAUGAAGUCUCUGAACACUGGAAUCGUAACUUUACUGAAUUACGGGAAACACGUACCACCAGCUGUUUCUCAUGUUACUCUGGCACAUGAAAUUGGCCAUAAUUUUGGGUCACCGCACGAUCCAGAGCAGUGUACACCAGGUGGUGAGGAUGGAAAUUUUAUAAUGUUUGCGCGUGCAACCAGUGGUGACAAACGUAAUAACAAUCGUUUUAGUCCGUGCAGUUUAAAUGCCAUAAAUCCUGUUCUAAAUACUAAAGCACGUUCGCCUAAAGAACCUCAAGCGUCACUUUGUGGGAAUGGAGUCGUUGAAGACGGAGAAGAGUGUGAUUGUGGAUGGGAAGAAGACUGUCGUGAUUCUUGUUGUUUUCCUCAGCGUCGUUACCCGCCGGCAGAAGAAAAGCCCUGUACAUUAACGCCUAGAUCUAUUUGCAGCCCUAGUCAAGGUCCUUGCUGUACAACAGACUGUAAAUUAAAGUUCUCAGACAAGUGUCGUGAAGAUAAUGGUUGUCGAGACGCGAGUUUUUGCGAUGGUCGGUCACCACACUGUCCUCCGUCAAUCAAUAAACCAAAUAAAACAAUCUGUAACCGCGAACUGGUGUGCUUUAUGGGAGAGUGUACCGGUAGUAUUUGCCUAGCUUAUGGCCUAGAAUCUUGUCAAUGCAUUCCUGGACCCAACGACUCACCGACUAAAGCCUGUGAGCUUUGUUGUCGUAUUCCUGGUGGUAAUCAACCUUGUUUAUCGUCAUUCGAUUGGAACUCACCUCCAUAUGACAUUCCUGACAUGUUUUCAAAGCCGGGUACGCCGUGCAAUGAUUACAAUGGAUAUUGCGAUGUAUUUCAAAAAUGUCGAGAAGUUGAUCCAAGUGGUCCGUUGGCGACGUUAAGAAAACUAUUGUUAUCUGAUGAAAGUCUAGCUACAUUCAGAAGAUGGGUCAUUGAUCACUGGUAUGCAGUUGCUCUUCUUAUUCUAGCAACGAUAUCAUUACUCGUAGCAACGAUACGGUUCCUCGGGAAACGAUCGAACCCCAAACUCAAGUCGGUCACAAUAAUCCACAGUUCAACAACCGAAACAGUGAGAUUACCACCGGAGGGUGCGGAGGGGGUGACAGUCCACCCACCGGCUGUCAGGGCGAAACUUCCAUUAAAUCAGAAAGUGAGAGAGAAACGACGUCAAAGCAAACAGAAGGAUUUGUUGACCAACAAUCCGACAAACAAUAGUAGUAAUAACAAGACAGCAAAGAUCACAACCAUGAUGAGAAGAAGAAGCAAACAGCCACCGGAGUUGGCUAAAAAAAAGAAGAAAAAGAAGAAACGUGUUGUGCCAAUUGUUGUUGAAGAACCUAACCGUAAGUGUAUUGAAGUAUCAACAGCACUACCUUCCAUUGCUGAUCAGCAAGUAGCUCCCAUACCAGAAGAGACUCCAACCAAAGUGUCUUCCAAGGAUGUUGGAUUGAAGAAGAAACGUAAAAAGAAAGAAGUAAUUGAUUAUUCAAUGGCACAAGCUGACGAGGAUAAUGAAGUUACUUCCAGUGAUAAUUCAGACCCCAAAAGUAAAGUCAGAUCCUGGCUUCUUGCAUCACAUGGUCGAAUAGAGCAAGCCAAUAUUGCAGCUUUAACAAAGAGCAAAUCAACACCAGUAGGCCUUGCUGGUUCUCCGGCAGUAACGCCAAUGGUACGGACCACUGCUGCUGCUGCUGCUGCUACUUCAAGAACACGACCUUUAAAUUCUAAAAGGACAGCAGAUGUAAAAAAUCAACGGGUCAGCGAUUCUGGAAGAGCUAAAGAUCCAACGAGUGAACGUGUCCGACUGCAAAUUGUUUAUAAACCUCCAUUUAAAUUCAGUGUCAAAUUUAAAAAAACCGAUAAAGUUCAACGAAUAUCCAGUAGUCGCAAAAAUACAAAAAGUUCUCAUCCCAGAACAGCUGUGCUCGUUCGAACGUCUAAUAAAAAAGAUAAACUCAGGAAAGGCCAACAAACAUCAACGUCUAAGGGAGUUAAUGCCACUGGUCGACCAACCGAGUCUUCCCACGCUGCCAACUCAGAUCUUCACACUGUUCCCUCUGACCUUGAGGUAUUAUUGUCAGAAAGUGAAUUUUUAUUUUCUGAUGCGUGA